GUGGAUCGCAGUUUUCUCCCGCUCCUCUCGCGUGUGUUUCUGUGUCAGGAUCUCUCCUCUGUUCCGUGUUUAUUCUCUGUGGAUGUUCUGUGGAGAUGUUUGUGAGGGGACGCACAUCGUUUCGGCAGCUGCAGGCGUGUUUUUUCCGACUGCUGUGUUUUAUUCCCACAGGAUUCCCGGUGAUCAGCGUGGACAGUCAGAGAUCCACCGACAACAUCACCAUCAGACAGGGCGACACGGCCGUUAUCCGGUGUUAUGUGGAUGAUAAGGUGUCUAAGGUGGCGUGGUUGAACCGCUCCAACAUCAUCUUCGCUGGCGAGGACAAGUGGUCUCUGGACCCGCGGGUGGAGCUGGUGACUCAGGGUCAGCUGGAGUACAGUCUGAGGAUACAGAAGGUGGAUGUGUUCGACGAGGGGCCCUACACCUGCUCCAUCCAAACCAAACAACAGCCCAAGACCUCACAGGUGUAUCUCAUCGUCCAGGUUCCUGCAACUAUUUAUAAAGUGUCUGAGGACCUGACAGUGAACGAGGGCAGUAAUGUCACGCUGACAUGUUUGGCCAAUGGGAGGCCAGAUCCCUCCAUCACCUGGAGACUGCUCAACCCAUCAGCUGAAGCUCUGGAUGUUGGUGAAUAUCUGGAGAUCUCUGGGAUCGUUCGCUCUCAGUCGGGACGUUAUGAAUGUAAAGCCAGUAAUGACGUCUCCACUCCUGAUGUCAAAUAUGUCAAUGUGAUCGUCAACUAUCCGCCGUAUAUAAAGGAAGUUCACAGCUCAGAGACGGCGCUCGGACACGCAGGUAUUCUGCACUGUGAGGCGGCGGCCGUUCCUCAGCCCGAGUUUGAGUGGUACAGAGACGACCGCAGAUUGUCGAGUUCUCAAGGCGUCAGCAUUCAGAUCACUGGAUCUCGUACGCUGCUGGUGGUCGCAAACGUCACUGAAGAUGAUUAUGGAAAUUACACGUGUGUCGCCACCAACAGACUGGGAAUACACAACGCCAGCGUCUUCCUUUAUAAACCUGGUACUGGGCGGGACAUCAGCGGGUCUUGCAGCAUGUGUCAAUCACCCUGGCUCCUCCUCCUGUGUGUGUUCUGUGCUCUUGUGAAGUGUUAAUGAUCAGCUCAUCGAUCGAUUAUCUCAGACUGUUUCCAUCCGUUCAUCCGCCCACGCUACGCCCAGAACAACCGCUCAAUUAUUGUCAGGAAAAAUAUGACAUGGAGGAAAACGAAGAAUGGUACACUUUUGAAGAACUCAAUAUUGCCAUUUUUACUCUGACACCUGUCUGUCUGUCUGUCUGUCUGUCUGUCUGUCUGUCUGUCUGUCUGACUGUCUGUCUGUCUGUCUGUCUGUCUGACUGUCUGUCUGUCUCAGCAUCUGACCGUUUGGGUUCAUGUGUGUUUUUCUGACUGGAAUCUGAUGUGAUGUUUCGACCGCACAGUUUCUGUCAAACACACCUGUCUUCAUCUAGAAAUGUUAUAAAUGUCAUUUAUUUCAUUUAUUUCAUUGCAUUUAUGUAAAAUAAUGAAAGAUGAGAGUUGCGGUAGAAUCAUUUCAGAUCAUUUAAAAACAAUGAAUCAUGUGUCAGCAUUGCCAAAAUUGAUAUUAAAAACACACUUUUGUAUGAUUAUAGUAAGAUUUUCUGGAACCAAAUCUAUGGGUUAUUAGUUGUGUGUUAAUCAGAUUACCAGUUUUAGUGUCACACUUCUGAUCUGAAAACAUUUUGAGUUCAUAUUCUCAUGAAACUGUAUUUUAUACGUUAUGUAACGCUGACGUCAUUGUCAUGCCAAGCAAACAUUAGCGUGUUAUGAUGGAUUGUAAAAUCUUAAUUUUACAGACGCAGAACAGAAUGUUGCUCUAAUCACUGCGGUACAAAAUGCAUGCAAGUUUAAACCUCAUUAACCCCUCCCACAUACUUAACUCCGCCCAUACCUUAAAUUCCUUGAAUUAAAUUAACUCCUUCCUCAGAAUGUCUUUGAAACGCCUCCCAUCUUGUUAACCCCUCCCACAUACUUAACUCUGCCCAUACCUUAAAUUCCUUGAAUUAAAUUAACUCUUUCCUUGGAAUGUAUUUAAACUCCUCCCAUCGUAUAAACCCCUCCCACAUACUUAACUCCGCCUAUACCUUACAUUUCUUGAAUUACAUGAACUCCUUCCUCAGAAUGUCUUUGAAACUCCUCCCAUCUCAUUAACCCCGCCCAAGUCUUAAAUUUCUUGAAUUAAAUUAACUCCUUCCAUACAGUAUCCUUUAAACUCCUCCCAUCUCAUUAACCCCGCCCAAGUCUUACAUUCUUUGUAUUAAAUUAACUCCUUCCAUAGAGUAUCCUUUAAACUCCUCCCAUCUCAUUAACCCCGCCCAAGUCUUAAAUUCCUUGUAUUAAAUUAACUCCUUCCAUAGAGGAUCCUUUAAACUCCUCCCAUCUCAUUAACCCCACCCAAGUCUUACAUUCUUUGUAUUAAAUUAACUCCUUCCAUAGUGUAUCCUUUAAACUCCUCCCAUCUCAUUAACCCCGCCCAAGUCUUACAUUCUUUGUAUUAAAUUAACUCCUUCCAUAGUGUAUCCUUUAAACUCCUCCCAUCUCAU